CCAGAGCAACCACCGCGACGGCUAAGGAUUAUUAGCGUGCAGAUUGACGUCGCAAAGAAAGGUUUUGUUGCAGCUGCGAUCUGUCAUGUGGACCUGCAGCGGACCUCUCAUUGGUUGGUCGCAUUGGAGAGCGCAGCCCAGGCAGCCAUUGACAGAGAGAUUGGCCACGUGUUCCUGAAAGAGCAAGCAGCUCGACCCCGCCGGUGUUCUUCUGUCUGAUCCUCAGGUUGCGUGGUAACUGUGGCGGUCCCCACGCAGUGAUUCAUUUCCUGAAAGGCACCUAACAAAAUUAAGAUAACUUGAUUGUCAGAUAUAGGCAUUUUUUUCUCCAUUCUUUUCGAUUAUGUGAUAUAUUACGCUACAUUAGACUGGGUGGGCGGUGUGAACAAACUGCCCAAUCCAGUGCAGUCCAGUGCAGUCUAUUCUCUCUGUUGAUCUGCGACAACAUCUGUUGUUAUGGCGAGCUUAGUUAAAGCAGGGAUGACAUUGUCUGCUGCGGUCCCCGCGCAGUGUCGGCGGCAGCCGGUUUCAGCGCCGUCUUCUUCUUGUUCGACCUCGACCACGGGCAUCGGUUCUCUGCGGAGCCUUCGCUGUGCAGCACCGUCUGGUGAUGCGUGCUGCUGUUUGCGGCAACGGAGGGGGAACAACGUAGCAGGCGCAGUUUGCCCCCCUCUGAAAACUCCGUUCCGGGGCGGGGAGGUCGACGACUCCUGGGUGAGACGUGCUGCUAGAGACCUUACGUGUCGCGGAAAGUCGCAAACUUUCCUCGGAGGGCUAAAUGUUCGCGCAAUCUCGAGCAACGACUUUCGAGUCGGUGUGAACAUCGAGCUCGACAAUGCACCCUGGAGAGUGAUGGAGUUCCUUCACGUGAAACCGGGGAAAGGCGCCGCCUUUGUGAGGACAAAGCUGCGCAAUUACAUCACUGGCAACACGGUGGAGCGGACUUUCCGCGCAGGGGAGUCUGUGGACGAGGCGAGUGUGCAGAAGGAUGUCAAGCAGCACACGUACGUGGAAGGCGAUGUCCUUGUGUUCAUGGAUAUGGGAACGUACGAAGAAACCAGAAUAAGGCGCGCAGACAUCGGUCCCAAAGCGCGAUGGCUCUCGGAAGGCAUGGAGUGCUCUGUGCUGACCUGGAACGACAAGGUGAUCGACAUCGACCUGCCGAUCACUGUGCAAGUGAAAAUCGCCGACACGGAACCGGGAAUCAAAGGCGAUACCGCCUCAGGAGGAACAAAGCCGGCGACCCUUGAAAAUGGUGCUACAGUCAAUGUCCCAUUCUUCGUCAACAUAGGCGACGAGAUCCUUGUAGACACGAGGACGAGUACAUACAUGAGCCGAGCUUGAUUCGAUUCCAUUCAAUUCUGUUCAAUCCGUCGGUAGCAGUAACAACAGGCCUUAUAGUAGUAUAGUAUAGUAUUAACUGACUUAGUGUUGAGUACCAUGUACUGAGGAGAGAGCUGAAGUAGCUUAGUGUUUGACUAUGCAGUACUGAACUAACUUAGUGUUUGACUAUGGAGUACUGCACUAACUUAGUGUUAGACUAUUCAGUGCUAAGGAGAGCUCAAGUAACUUUUAACUUAGUGUCGAGUUCUAAGUACUGCGAAGAGCUGAAUGCCCAGAAAAAGGAGGCAAGGGUAUCUGUGUACUACCGGUAGAGGGUGCUCCACCAAGUACUGCGUGUUCGAUACUACGUGCAAAGUACUGCGUACUACACUCUCAACCAAGUACUUGUUGAUGAAUACUUAGUACAAAGUACCACGUAUCUCAACCAAGUACUUGUUGAUGAAUACUUAGUACAAAGUACCACGUACUAUGUGCCAACUACAGCUGCAAAGUACCACAUACUAAGUGCCAACUAUUCUCUCUCCAGGGUGCAAAGUACUAUUCACUUAAGUUUGUGUUGUUAGAUGUGUUAGUCCUAGCCGUUUUUGCUAUAGCCAAGAUUACUAACACAGAGCCAUUGUAGAGUCCAUUGAAGCGUGAACACACUGCGGAGAGGGAGGGGAGGGGAGGGGAGAGGAGGGGAGGGGAGGGGAGAAGAGAGGAGAGGAGUACAGCGGCACACCAGCCACGUGCAGUGGUUGUUUGUUGUAAGCCAAGUUGAUGCUUAGCCUUUUUUUUUUUUUUUUGAAAAAAGGAUUCCAUCGCUGACAUAGGACAAUGUAAAGAAUUCCACAGCAGACAUAGAGCAGAGAGAGGAGUGGAGAGGAGGAAGGGAGGAAGGGUGGGUGCAAUAUGUUAUGGAGCUGUCGAGUUCUGUACUUGGAGAAUUUUACGGUUCCUUUGCCCUGAGUCU